CGGGUGAAUUUGAACGGGGCUGUUGUUGUUGUCGUGUCGCUUUUUAAGGGGGAAAUUUGCGGGUAAUCGGGUAUUUCACCGGCGGGAAAAGGUAAAAAAGAGUCGGUAUGAACGGAGGGGACCGUCGGAACACGGUGGCGGAGUUUAACGGCUCGCAGCGGAGGCGGUCGGCGCGUUUGAGUUGUUCUCCGCGGGUUAACAGGGGCGACAACAUGGCUCCUGUCGUCGUGAAACGCUCCAUCACUGUCCGGAAAAUAGCGCCCAGAAAAACAGUCGCCCCGUCGGAGCACAACAAGGAGAACAGGAGGAGGUCGGCGGAGGAGGAGGAGGAAGAGGAGGGCGUCCAGCAGAAGAAGCAGAAGGUCUCCACGCCGGGUCCUGUGGGCUCCUCCUCGGUCGAGAAGAAGGCCGCCAUGCCCUCACCCAUCCUCCCUUCCCCGCCUCCUCCCCUCCAAGAGCCGGUGGAUCCAGAGGACGCGGCCUGGUCGCAGAAGGUGCGCCGGUCCUACAGCCGGCUCAGCGAGAAGUCCUUCAACAGCCCCGACUCCAGAGAGACCAUGUUCGGCUUUGAGAAGCUCACAACCCCCGAGGUGAUCCGGAGAGUCGCCGUAUCCAAGGCGGGUCCGGAGGUUUCUGGGUCGCUGUCCGGUCUGAACUCGUUCACGUCUUUGCUUGAGGCGGAGGACUGUGGUUCGGGUCUCCCCGAGCGGGACGCGAACAUCCCCGGGGUGGUCUUGGUGAAGGAGAAGAGGAGGAGGAGGAAGGUCCCGCAGAUAGACGCCACGGAGCUGGACGCGAUGGCUGCCAAGAUGAACGCUGAGUUUGAGGAGGCAGAAGUGUUUGAGUUGGUCGUGGAGUAAAUGUUAAUUCAUGAGAGAAAAGACUGGAGGAAGCUCUUUAAAGCAUGUUUGAUUUAUCUCAUGCUGACACAAACUCUGUCUCCGGGAGGACAACACUCAUCUGUGUGCUUCAUACUCUAAACAUUCAUGUUUUUGUAUAUUUCCAGCUCUGUGUAUAUACAUUUUUGACUCUUUAAAGUUUCAUUUGUUUGGUUUGAAUGCUCUUAAUGCUGUUUGUUUGGGUCAUUAUGUGGUGGUACAAUGGUAUAAUCCCAUGUGAGUUCUUCAAAAACCUAAAAAGCAUGUUCUUUAUUUUGGUUGUUGUUGAAACGUUUAUAAAGAUUUGGUUUCCUGUGAUCAUUUUAUCUUAUAUUUGUCAUGUUAACAGACACAAAGUUUGUUUUUAAACAACCUUUGGCUGUUUUAAUUGUCUCAAACUGGUUGAUUGUGCACAUAAAAGGAAAAUAUGUGACAGUUUAAUAUGGAUUGUGAUUACAUGUAGCUUUUCUUCAUUGUUCACUAUAUUUGAAUUACUCAAAAACAACAUAAAUGUCUGUAACCACCAUAAUAAUAAAAAUAAUAAUAAUGUUUUACAUCCGCAUUUAAUUGACAUACAAUUUCAGAAUAAGACUUUUAAGGCCACAAUUAUUAUUAUUCUUGGACCAUCUGUCUACAUCUUUCCUUCUUUAAACAUAAAAGAAAAUGUGUUUUUAUUUUUGCUUGCUUUGUAAAUGUAAAUAAAUACUCCAGCA